AUGCCGACCCUAAUCCUAGACCUCUUCAAAAUCACCCUUCCCCAUUCCCCCUCCGGCCGGCGUCACCUCGGGAUAAACUACCUCGUCCCCUCCUCAGCAGGCGACCGCGAGCGUAUCAACCUCGCCUCUCUCCGUCGGCAGCACAUCUCAUCCAUGCAAUCCCGCUUACCUCUUCCCUCAUCUUCCUCAACAAGAGAUGUCCAUCAGCAGCAGCAGCAGCAGCUGGGUCUCGAAAACUGGGACGACGGCACCGUCGAGCUGCGCGGUUUCCCCAUCGACGACAUCCUUGUCGUGCGCAUGGUCAACAAGAUGACGGGCGAGACGGACACCAGUUAUGAGUUGCAUUUUGAGUAUGUGUUUGACGCGGAACGGGUGGCGGAUGUACUGGGACUGGCGGCGGGACCGCCGGUUGAGAAGGAUGAGGGGCCGGGCGGGUGGAGAGGGUGGGUGGUUACGGUGCCAAAAAGGGUGCAUCAUCGGAGUCAGAUGUGGGAGAGGUGUAUGGAGCGGGAGACGAGUAGGUUGGGGGAACGGGAGAGAGACCGAGGGAGGGAUAUGAGGGAAGGGAUAGGUCUAUGGGGGGGAGUAUGGGGAGGGAAAGAGAUAGGAGUAUGGGGAGAGAUAUGGUGA